GUUCAUGUAUUGGGCUAAUGGGCCGCAACAAGCCCAUCUUAAACCCUAUGUAGUUUUUCGUCUCCUCUUGUCCGAAAAAUUUGACUUUUCUUCCUUGACGAUUUGGGGUUUAUGUUUCGUUGGGAGAUUCGUCUUCCUCGAUUUGAAACGGAGACUGUAAAGUUUCUGAUCUUCCUUCUCUUGUGCUCCUUUCUUCGCAUUUCCUUGUCAUGUAUUCCCUUAUACUCCAUGGAAGAAGGUCUUUCGAGUUACAGAAAUGGCGUAAUUUGAGAUUUGCUGCUUUCUCCAAUCCGUUCUCUUCCCUAAGUGCUGCUGAUGUGAGCCCUAGAGAUGGUAGAAAACGGAAAGGGAAGAACUUUACAGUCUCUUACCUCGUUGAAUCUCUGGGUUUAACUAAGAAACUCGCCGAAUCAAUCUCGAGGAAAGUCAGUUUAGAAGACGAGCGAAAUCCAGAUUCUGUUCUGGGUCUUUUGAGAAGUCACGGGUUCACAGAUUCUCAGAUCUCCACCAUCGUUACGGAUUACCCGCGGUUGCUUACAUUAGACGCUGAGAAAUCUCUUGCUCCCAAGCUUCAGUCUCUGCAGUCCAGAGGAGCUUCAAGCUCUGAGCUCACAGAGAUUCUCUCGAAAGUUCCAGAGAUCUUGGGGAAGAGAUUCGUCAGCGGAUACUAUGAUUCUGUCAAAUGCAUUAUCGAAGCAGAAAAGAGUUAUAACCAUGAAAAGCUAAGUCACUCUUUCCCACAAGGUAGCCUAGAGAACAAAAUCCGAAAUCUAUCGCUUUUGAGAGAGUUGGGUAUGCCUCAGAGGCUGUUGCUCCCUUUGCUCAUCUCCAAAUCGCAGCCCAUUUGUGGGAAAGAGAACUUUGAUGCAUCACUCAAGAAAGUAGUCGAGAUGGGUUUUGACCCGACCACCUCAAAGUUUGUCCUAGCUCUGCGUAUGAUUUACCAAAUGAGCGACAAGACGAUUGAAGAGAAGGUCCAAGUCUACAAAGGCUUAGGCUUUACCGUGGAAGACACAUGGGAGAUCUUCAAGAGCACUCCUACUUUUCUGAAAGUCUCCAAGAACAAGAUAUUGAGCUCCCUGGAGACGUUCCUAGGCCUAGGAUUCAGCAGGGACGAGUUUGCGAAGAUGGUCAAGCGCUAUCCUCCGUGCGUCGAGUAUUCGGCAGAGUGUAUCAAGAAGAAGACUGAGUUUUUGCUGAAGGAGAUGAACUGGACUGUGAAGGCUGUUGCUGUGCACCCUCAGAUUGUUGGAUACAGCUUUGAGAAGAGGAUUGUGCCAAGGUGUAACGUGAUCAAGGCUCUCUUGUCCAGAGGAAAGGGAAGUAAACUCCCUCCAGUGUCCUCUGUUAUGUCUUGUACUGAUCAGCAGUUUUUGAGCAAGUAUGUGUUGAAGCAUGAGAAGCUGGUUCCUGAGUUGAUGGCUAUCUUAACAAGAGGACAUUUCCACAACAGUGAGCAGCAACGUUAAUAGCCCUAGAAGCAGCAAGCAAUGCAGCUGCAAAGAGAAUGGCCAUGUCAAAGAUCAACACUUUUGCUUGUGAUAUCAUUACAUGCGUGUCUGUGGAUUGAUAUACAACUUGUAUGUUUCGUUGCUCUUGGACUUCUUGUGCAGAACUAGAUUAUAUCACGAUGAAUUUUUAGCUUUAAAACCUUUAGUUGUUGUAAUCAAAAGAGACCUUAAUUGAGGAUUCAUCAGUAGAUUGAGAAUCACAGGUUCAAAUAUGAUAGCAGAGAAUAAUAGAUGUAAUAUUGUAAAGCGAUUGUAGCUUGGCUGCAUUAGAUAUUCUGCAGAGUCAGUGUGAAGAAGAAGACUGAGUUUCUGGUGACAAGGAGAAGAAGAUAAAUAAAUCAUGUUUUACAUAGCUUAUGACAAUCAAAUCUGCUGUAGCACAAAGGUUAAUUUCGAACAUUGUUGAGACCCUGAAAACUUGAGAGGUCAGCCGAAUUCCGGGUUCGACGCCCGGUAGCGGUAAAUUUUUUUAAUUUGGAACAGUUUUGUUAAGAUCUCAUGAAAGUAAAACCCUAAUACGUCCCC